AUGUCACUUUCACCAAUAGAAAAAGCAGCCUCUGGGGCUUUGGCAUCAGCUAUUGCCAAUACAUUGGUUUAUCCAUUAGAUUUGAGUAAAGUUUUAAUUCAAACUCAAGUCAAGAAAAACAAACCCAAAAGUGGUUCUAAUGGGAUCCCUACCCCGCCUUCGGAAUCGGAUUUAGAAGAUUCUGUUUAUAAACAAAAAGUGGAUGAAGAUAACGGAUUAAAAUAUAAAAACACCAUUGAUGUUUUAACUCAGAUUUAUAAAAAGAAGGGGAUCUUGGGAUGGUAUCAUGGAUUGUUUUCUACCGUUGUUGGUACUGCCGCACAAAACUUUUCCUACUUUUACUGGUACACUAUAGUCAAAAGAGUGUAUGCCAACUUAUACAAACACAUACCUAACCAUAAACCAGGAACUUUUACCGAGUUAUUCCUUGGUGCCUUGGCUGCUGCAAUUUCUCAAUGUUUCACUAUGCCAAUUGGGGUAAUAACCACCCAACAACAAACCGAUAAGAGUCAUAAAAACUUGUUUCAAUUGAUUCAAGAUAUUUUGGAUCAAGAUGGUAUUAGCGGGUUAUGGAGAGGAUUGAGGGUCUCUAUGGUCUUAUGUAUCAACCCAUCAAUCACCUAUGGGUCCUACGAACGUUUGAAACAAGUACUUUACGGUGACAAACAAUUUUUAAAACCACUCGAGUCAUUUUCCUUGGGUGUUUUGGCUAAAUCAUUAGCCACCAUUGCCACUCAGCCAUUAAUUGUUUCAAAGGCAAUGAUCCAAAAGAAAUCAUCGCCUAAGAAGAACAAUAAGGCAACAGAUAAAAACACAGAAGAAGAUGAUGAAGAGGAUAUUAAAUUUGAUCAUUUCACCGAUGCCUUAGCAUACUUGUGGCGUACCGAAAAGUUCCGUGGAUUAUACAAAGGUAUUGCUCCACAAUUAUUGAAAGGGGUGUUUGUUCAAGGUUUGUUAUUUACAUUUAAGGAUCAAUUAGACAUAUUAUUUUUGUUUUUGUUGUCCUUGAUUAAGAAUAGAUCUGUUCUCAAGAAAUAA